UUCUCGCGAUCCGUAGUAUGUCACAUUAGAAUAUUCCAUCCGGAUCGGAAGAGCAACCCACUCAUUAGGACUGCUCCUGGAUUUCUCUGCGCACAAUAGUCAUAUAAUUCAGUCAGAAAAGGCAUACAAGCUAAAAAUGCCUUUGCCUGUGCAGGUUUUUAACUUUCAGGGGGCUGUGGAACCGAUGCAGAUUGAUGCAGAUCCCCAGGAAGACCAGCAGAAUGCUCCAGACACCAACUACAUUGUGGAGAACCCAACACUGGACCUAGAACAAUAUGCGACCAGUUACAGUGGACUAAUGCGUAUUGAGAGACUCCAGUUCAUCGCAGAGCAUUGCCCACAGCUAAGAGUGGAAGCCUUGAAAAUGGCGCUGACCUUUGUCCAAAGAACCUUCAACGUUGACACUUAUGAAGAGGUCCACCGCAAACUAACGGAUGCCACACGGGAAGUCCAGGGUGUACCAGAAGUAGCUCCCGAGGGUGGGGUUGUCCCUCCUCCUUUGGAUUCAGCGUGGGCAGAGUCCACCAGGAAGAAGGCUCUGCUUAAAUUGGAGAAACUGGACACUGAUCUAAAGAAUUACAAGGGGAACUCGAUUAAAGAGAGCAUUCGGAGAGGACAUGAUGACUUGGGCGAUCAUUACCUGGACUGUGGUGACCUCAGUAAUGCUCUAAAGUGCUACUCCCGAGCUAGGGACUACUGCACCAGUGCUAAACAUGUUAUUAACAUGUGUCUGAAUGUAAUCAAGGUUAGUGUUUAUCUCCAGAACUGGUCCCAUGUACUGAGCUAUGUCAACAAGGCAGAAUCCACACCAGAGAUUGCAGAGCAACGAGGAGAGCGAGACAGCCAAAAUCAAGCCGUUCUUACCAAAUUAAAGUGUGCUGCAGGCCUGGCGGAAUUGGCCUCUCGAAAAUACAAACCGGCUGCCAAGUGCUUCCUGCAGGCUUCCUUUGACCACUGUGACUGUCCAGAGCUUUUGUCACCCAGUAACGUAGCUGUCUAUGGUGGUUUAUGCGCUCUGGCUACGUUUGACAGACAGGAGCUCCAACGCAACGUCAUCUCGAGCAGCUCUUUUAAGUUAUUUCUAGAAUUAGAACCUCAAAUUCGUGACAUCAUCUUCAAAUUCUAUGAAUCCAAAUAUGCGUCUUGUCUCAAGCUACUGGAUGAAAUGAAGGAUAAUCUUCUGCUGGACAUGUAUUUGGCCCCACACGUCCGGACACUGUACAGCCAAAUUAGAAACAGAGCUCUGAUCCAGUAUUUCAGCCCAUAUGUGUCAGCAGACAUGACAAAGAUGGCUCAGGCCUUCAACACUACAGUGGCGGCCCUCGAAGAUGAGCUCACACAGCUUAUCCUAGAGGGGCUCAUUAAUGCACGCAUUGACUCCCAUAGCAAGAUUCUGUAUGCAAGGGAUGUGGACCAGAGAAGCACAACAUUUGAGAAGUCGCUCCAUAUGGGCAAAGAGUUCCAGAGAAGAGCCAAAGCCAUGAUCCUCAGAGCGGCUGUGCUUCGCAAUCAGAUCCAUGUCAAGUCUCCUCCCAGAGAAGGCAGUCAGGGUGAACUGACACCAGCCAACAGUCAAACGAGAAUGAGCACCAACAUGUGAGUCAGCACACUGACCGAAGCAAAGGAUGAUCCAGCUGUUCUUUGAAAUCACUCAUCUGAGUCACCUCAGUCCUCCUCUAAGUUUCUUUGCUGAAGACAGAACAUCGAACCACACAGUUUAAAGACUUGGAAGUUCUGGUGUUUUUUCACAUCUCAAGGAAAAGCCCGAAAUAUUGUGCAAAUGUGGUGAGAAGAAAACGUGUGUGGAAACUCGGCAUUUAAACUGUUUCUGGUUGGAGACGCACUUUGCAUUGCUUGCUCUUGAUGGAGGACUUGAACUGAAACAAUGUUUUAAAAUAAAAUGCCUUCCACAAA